GGCGGCAAGAUUCUCGAGCCUUUAUGUUAUUCAACUCCUGGCGUAUGUUCGCUCUGCAUGUUAUAUCCUGAUUCGUCUGGAUUUCUAUUGAAGAUGGAGGACACCUCGGGCCACGAGUUCCCAUUCUUGGAGGAAGUAUUUACCCCUCAAGGAUCUCCAAAAAUCGACUUCGUCUUCGUGCAUGGACUCAACCCUCGAGGUCGCAGCGACCACCCGUUCGAAACAUGGACCCAUCAGAAUGGGACCUUCUGGCCCCGAGACUUCCUACCGCAGGAUAUCCCACAAGCGCGCAUUUUUGUGUACGGCUACAAUUCCAAUAUCACUAAUCCGCAGAGCAUGUCCACUGCCAGCGUCAAGGACCAUGCGAAUACGCUCUUGAAUUUGUUGGAUCUCGAGCGCAAUCCCCAAAUAAAUGUACGACCGCCGAAGAUCAUCUUCAUCGGCCACAGCCUGGGAGGCUUGGUCAUCAAACAGGCUCUGUUGAACGCUCAUGAGGACCCGAAAUAUAACGCCAUCCGUACCAACACCUAUGGGCUCGUAUUUUUUGGAUGUCCACACCGGGGCACCAAAGGUGUUGAGUUGGGCAAGAUCGCGGCCAAGGUGGCGCGCUUCGUGGCCAAGGGCCAUGCGAGUAAUGAUCUGUUGGAUAGUUUGGAGCACAAUUCACUCUUCACGCGACAGAUGACGAGUCGCUUCUCGCACCAGCUAGAAGAUUAUCGCGUGAUUAGCUUUGUUGAGGGUAAAGAGGUGCUUCUGGGUGGGGUUGGGCCUGCGUCUGUGAGCCACCUCGUGGUGGAUGAAGAGUCCGCCGUGCUUGGACUCCCCGGGCAGCGGGAGACACGGCUGAAGUUGGACGCCGACCAUUCGCAGAUGUGCAAAGUCGGGACCCGCGGCGCCAUGUACAAGAUGAUCAAAGGCAACAUCAAGCAAAUCGCCGACCAGGUUCUCGUCGCGGAGCAGGGAUACAUCCCUCAGCCCUCGGCCUCGACCUCGCCGCACCCUGCGCCUCCUGUUCCCCCACGCCUCCCGGUGAAUAGUAGCAUGCCCUACCCGUCGCCCCAGAGCCCGCCACCUGUCCCCAAGCGCGUGGUCGGCGCAUUCUUCACGCCGGUGGACAACGACCCCCGAUCCAUCCAGGCGGCGGAGCACAAGAACCACUGGCGCUGGGACGAGGCUCGCAAAUUGGAGUAUGCGAUCUUCCAGGAGCAUCUCCGAGUCCUAGGCCCGGACCACCACAGCACGCUGGAGAUUGGCUACCAUCUCGCCGAGAUCGAUCUCGAAUCGGCCUACUACAUCAAAGCCGCCGAAUGGGCGCAGUGGGUCUCGACCAAUGCCCAACGAGUGUUCGAGGUGAAGCAUCCUCUCGCGAUGAAGGCCGAGAGCCUGAUGGGCGAGAUUCUAGCCCACCAGGGCAAAGGGCAGGAGGCCGAGUCGGUGUGCGCCAACGUGCUAGCGCGCCAGCAGAUGACUAUCGGCGAGGACGACCUCGAGACGUUGCGCACGCGGCGCCGGCUGGCAAUUGCGUACGGAGUGCUUGAACGCCGAACGGAAGCGGUGCAGGCGGCGGAGAGAGUCACCGAGCGCCUUCGCCAGCUGCUGGGCCCAACCCACAUUCGGGUGUUCGCUUCGGUGCUCGACACAGCUGAGCAGAUGGUUGCGCUGCGCUCCAACAAUACCACCGAGCUGGUCACUCUGCGCUUCAAUCCGGCCGUCGACCAGAUGGUGCAGACCUUCACCACUGUUUCGCGCGAGCUGACCGAGCUCCUGGGCCCACGCCACCCACUCACCAUCAAGGGCAUGCGCCUCCUCGGUGCCAGCCAGAUGCUCGAACCCGACGGCACCACCAUCGCCUCCGAGACCUUCCGCCGGGCCCUCGCCGCCGCCGAAGAGUACCUCGGCCCCGAGCACCCGGAGACCAUGGCCACCGUCGCCCUGAUGGGUGUCAUGUACGCCUCGCAGGGCCGCAUCGGCGUCGGCGCCUUUGUCGGCGCCCAUCGCUCGCACACCGAGCUUGCGACGCCCUGGCUGCUGCGCUAUCUGGGUUGGUGCGAGAACCGCAUGGGCGCCGGUUGCGCCGAGGUGCAGUCCGUCCUCGUCAUGCUGGGUAGGCUGUACUUUGAGGCCCGCGACUACAUCCAGUCCCAGGGGUACUAUGAGCGGUUGGAGGCGUCGUACCGGCAGGCGGGCAGGCCGAUGCCCGAUGAGGCGGCCAAUUGGUUGCAGCUGUGUCGGAUGAAUACCAUGUAUUUGACGCCGAAGAAGCCCAGCGGGCUUCAGAGUCUGUUGUCGCAGUUUCAGCGGAUGUGAAUUUUUUUUUUUUGGUUCUGGCGUGUGUGUGUGGAGGGUAAUGGUGGUGUGCGAGGGUGUUUAGUUCUUUGGUUUGCAG